CGGACGUGCAGCGGGAUGUGGCCUGGAAUAUUGUUGGGGGGGGCCCGGGUGGCGGCAGGCAGGUGGCCCGCUCUAGGGCCUCGCCUCGCCGCACGCUUCCUCCCGCAGCGGCCGCCGCAGCAGGCCCCCGAGCCCGGCCUGGCACUUCAGCGUAGCCUGCACGCGACGGCGGCCAGGGCUAUCCCGCUCAUUCCCAUCGUAGUGGAGCAGACGGGUCGCGGCGAGCGCGCCUAUGACAUCUACUCACGACUACUGCGGGAACGCAUCGUGUGCGUCAUGGGGCCGAUCGAUGACAGCCUGGCCAGCCUGGUGAUCGCGCAGCUGCUGUUCCUGCAGUCGGAGAACAACAAGAAGCCCAUCCACAUGUACAUCAACAGCCCCGGCGGCGUGGUGACCUCGGGCUUGGCCAUCUACGACACGAUGCAGUACAUCCUGAACCCCAUCUGCACCUGGUGCGUGGGCCAGGCCGCCAGCAUGGGCUCCCUGCUCCUGGCUGCCGGCUCCCCGGGCAUGCGCCACUCGCUGCCCAACUCCCGCAUCAUGAUCCACCAGCCCUCCGGGGGUGCCCGGGGCCAAGCCACAGACAUCGCCAUCCAGGCGGAGGAGAUCAUGAAACUGAAGAAGCAGCUCUACAGCAUCUACGCCAAACACACCAAACAGAGCCUGCAGGUGAUCGAGUCAGCCAUGGAGAGGGACCGCUACAUGAGCCCCAUGGAGGCCCAGGAGUUUGGCAUCUUGGACAAGGUCCUGGUCCACCCGCCCCAGGACGGUGAAGACGAGCCCGAGUUGGUGCAGAAGGAGCCCGUGGUGGUGACGGCAGCCGCAGACCCUGCCCCGGCAAGCUCCUGAGAGCCAGGCCUCCCGCUCCACGAGAGCCGAGGGCUGGGCGGACCCUGAGGCUACAGCCCUGCUCCCCUCUUGCUGCUGAGCCUGGAGUCCCUUGAGGAACUUUGGAUUUGGGGGUGCCUCUGGGGCGGGUAGCCUGGCUCAGAUGCUGUGAUUUUAAAUGAAACCUUUUGUGGUCUUUGC